CGUGCAUAGUGAAACCGAAUCUCACAGCAGUCGCUAAGUUUAUCAGUAACAGUGGAUUACCAUGGCGGUAUGACUAAACACACAAAGUUAAUGGGAUAUAAAUGUUUUCAAAUUUUAAUUCUGAUUUGGAUUUUUGUGUAUUUUUGUGAUGGAGACAUAAUAAUUUCACGAUGCCAUGAAGAGUGUGCGAGACAGGUGAGAGGUGUGAAUGAGGGAGAUCUGUUUUGUAAUAAAGAUUGUAAACUAUAUCAGUGUAACUCAGGAUGCGAUAGUUAUCAAACUGCAGUAAAUUCCAGCUGUCAGGCAGUUUGUAAAAAGGAUGGGACCAGUUCUGCUAGAAGUUUACAACAGACAGAGAGACAAUAUUGUACUCAGGGAUGUAGUUAUGCCUUAAAUGUGUUCACAGAUAGCAUAAAGGGUUGUGCAUUGAUGGGGUCAUGGCAUGAUUAA